AUGCAGCCUCAGCUCCAAGCCUACUCUGGGGACUCUGUCCUGCUGCAGUGCCACCUCCUAGACUCGGUGGCCAAGGGCUGGACCAUGGUGAAAGUGGACUGGCUGCGCGUGCCACGAGCUGGAAAGCAGGAGGAGAUGGUGUUUUAUUACUACAGCAACCAUAGCAUCCCCGUGGGCCGUUUCCGGGACCGGGUGCGGUGGCAGGGGGACAUCUCACGCUGGGAUGGCUCCAUCCAGCUGCAAGACGCACGGGUGAAUGAUAGCGGCACGUACGUGUGCGAGAUCCGGCUGCUGCAGCACAGCAGCAUCUUCAAGAACCACACGGUGCUGCACGUCAGCCCCAUGGCACGGAGAGGACACGGAACAGCGGGUGCCCAGGCCUCUGCAGCCCUGGGGAACGCUGGAUUUUGGAGCAUGGUUGUGGGCUGCGGCUGUGUGGCUGUUGUGCUGGCUUUCCUGGCAGGACUUGGCCUGAGGAGGAGGUCUGCAGCCAACACCGCUCCGAAGAGGAGCGGAGACAGCGGCAGCAAGAGCAAGGCGGAGGAAGGAUUUUACUCCUCAAUCCCCGAAGCUGGGGCACCCAAGGCUGAGCAGGACGCAGGGAAGAAGAGCAGAGCUGAGGAGACCUACAUAACCAUGCACCCCUCUUUCUUCCAUGAGAACGGCGUUUACGUGGAGCUGACCAGGAGGGUGAUCCCGGCGGAGUGGAUGGACGGGAAGAAACAGAGUGACGGAGAAAGGAAGCAACCCGACAGCAGACCGCUGGAGGUACCCCCUGUGCCCCAGGGGGGCGGCUGCAGUGUGUAAACUCUACCCAGUACGUGUACGCAAGACACCCUUGCUCCCACGGACAGGCCAGCAGCUGCUGCGGGCAGCCCUUCCCCUGAGCACUGGUGCCACUUUGCUGUUCGCUCCGUGCCAGAGCUGCUGCUGGGACUGUCCUCUGCAGGGGGGCUGCGGGAGAUGUCUCUGGCUUUCUUCUCCCAGACCCCCGAGUGGGGGCACAGCAGCACAGAGCCUCCGCUCUCCAGCUUUGAUCCUGGUCUGCACAGCUCCGCGUCCCGUGAAAACCAUCUCCAGGAGAGCCUGCAAGGGGAGGGAGGGGGAGAUGCGCUGCAGAAGCGGUGCAGCUGUGCCACUGGUGUCUUCUGAAGGUAAUAAAACUCCA